AGAGUCGAGUCGACCGGAGUUUUUCUUAUUUUUCUCCCGUUCAGGGUGGAAUAUAAAAAAAAAAAGUUUAUUUAUUCAAGCGUCAGAGUAUAUACACAACGCUAGACGGCGCACUAGGCGGCAGCUAUACAUGCACAAAGGCGAGGGCAACCUAGUGGGGGGGGGGGAAAUAUUCUAGUAAAAUAUAUUAGUUAUACACUUACUAUAUUAUACACUCUUCCUAUAUAGAUAUAUGUUACUCUUGGGAUAUAAUACUGUUGAGGUCCUUUGAUUAUAACUGCUAUACUACUACUACAUCUCUGGCCAAUGCAUAAAUAAUGAGGUUGCACGGGGCCACGAGGAAUCAUAUAAAUAGAGGAGACGUAUCAAAGCUUAUCCGUUAGUAGCUAGCAGCUUUUAAUGAUGGAGUCUGAAGCUAAACGGUUGGCGUUGGAGCAAUUGUACAGAGAUCAGUUCAAACCGGAAGAAUAUCUCUCCACUUACUACCGAACGCUGGAUGCCGAAGUUGAAUUCUUCCUUCGCAAUCUUCACCAUUUCUUCUUUGUUUCCAACGGUGGACACCAUGAUGGAACUUUCCAAGAGCACGAAAAGCAGGUAGAAGUGAGUGAUGAUGAGAUGAAUAAGAAGAAGAAAGGAAGGCGGGUCUUGGAGAUCGGAUCGGGCCCCGUGCCCAUUUCAAUGAUCUCAGCCAGUCGUUGGAGUGAAUGGAUCGUUUGCAGCGAUUUCCUGGAACAGAACAGACAAAACAUCAAACAGUGGCUGCUGACGAUGACGGCCACAACAACAUCAACAGCAGCAGCACCUGGUCGACACGAUGACGACGAAACGUGGUUGCCAUUCUUCCGAUACGUCACCGAACUGGAACGGGCCGAAUCAGAGACUUUGUUACUGGAGCGCGUCCGUCACUCUGUCCGAGCUGUCGUACCGUGCAAUGUCUUAUUGACCGAUCCCUUGAUGAACGACAAAGAAGCCGCCCAAAAUGCUGACGGCAAUUCAUUAUACGACGUGAUUAUCACAACACUUUGCCUCGAAUUUGCCACGCUAUCAGUCGACGAGUACUCGGCCGCAGUGGGCAAUGUUACCAGGCUCUUGAGCCCAGGGGGCUUUCUCGUCGUUCAGGGAGCUUUAGGAAACAGCCAUUAUUGGCACAACAAUCAUCAAUUUCCGUCCGUUACGCUCAGCAGAGCUGUAGUGGAAUCGGCUGUAAAGAAGGCCGGAUGUCUGCUAGUCGAUUGGAGAGAAUUGGCUAGGUGUUGCCCACUCCAAGACAAACCAGCCGACCAUUCAGCUGUUUUCUAUUGUCUUGCUCGUAAAAAUCAGAUUUAAAAUAUUCUUAAAUCUGAUUUUUCUUUUCACAACUUUUUAUUCAAAUUUUUUGACGUAAUAGAAUUUUGAAUCUAACCGAUUGAUGUGUUUCUAGUGGUUUUUCAAUACAAAAAAAAAUCAAUUGUCAA